GUCUUCUCAAAAGCCACAGAAGAUCAAAUGGCUCCCACUUCUGAAGAAAUAGCUGUUUUGGAAACAACAGCUGAGGAUUUCCCUAUCUUUCCGGAAACCUCACCUGCGUUUGAAAUGGUUCUGACUGAAACUGUUCAAGAGAAGGCAGCCUCUCCCCCACAAGAGCAGAACCAAGAAGCAACUGAAGAAGAAGAAUUUCAGCAACUGAUCCAAUCUCAAGUGCUCGAGAUCCUCACAACUCCUUGUGAGAUCUCCAAUCAGACACAACUUGAGAUUCUGGAAAAGUCAGUAGAAAUUCCGGAACAGUCAGCUAUUCCAGAAAUCAUGGAGAAAGCAGUAGAAGUCCAAAGGCACUCUGGAAAAGCUGAGAAGGAAACUCAGAUGGCAGAAGUGGAGGUCUCUAAAACUCCAAUAGCCAUUUUUGAAGAACCAAAUAAGCUGAAGAUAGUGACUCCCUCUCCAGAUACAUAUCAAAUUUUGCACUUGAUGAAGCAGAAGGAGAAUCUGAGAGGACAGUAAAGAUCACUGAUGAAGAAGAUGUGCAAGAAGAUGCUGAAUCUCUUCCUUUGCAACUCUUUCAAAGGACAUCAUCUCCUCAUCAGGUAACUAAUUUUCACUUCCAUAGCUCUUCCAUUCCUACUCUUCCGGAUGAGAUACCGGAAACCUGGACAAAGAAGGUACAAGGGCUAAUUGAGUCAGCCCUAGCAUCUCAACAUGCCUCCUUUAGGCAAGAAAUAGAGCUAAUGGAA